AUGUCACUCUUGCUACCCACAUUGCCUCUUCUUCUUUCUUCUUCAUCCAACACAAAGCAAUUUCAGUUCAAUGUUGAGUGGAAGAGUGUGACAAGACUUUGCCAUACAAAGAAAGUAUUGACGGUGAAUGGGAAGUACCCAGGGCCAACCGUUGCUGUAAAUGAAGGGGAUAAUGUCGAAAUCAAGGUCACCAAUCGGGUCGCCACAAACACUACCAUACAUUGGCAUGGGGUGAAGCAAGUGAGAACAGGCUGGGCAGAUGGGCCCGCGUACAUCACGCAGUGCCCCAUCGGCGCAGGCAAAAGCUACGUCUACAAGUUCAGUGUGGCGUCCCAUAGGGGCACGCUCUGGUGGCACGCUCACUUUUCUUGGCAACGCGCCUCUGUUUACGGUGCUUUUAUCGUUUACCCUCGCAUGCCUUUCCCAUUCUCACUCAAACCCGACCAUCAUCUUCCUCCCAUCAUCUUUGGUGAAUGGUGGAAUGCCGAUAUUGAUGUGGUCGAAACCGAAAUGAUGUUGUACGGUGGCGGACCUCAGGUUUCCGACGCUUACACAAUCAAUGGCCUACCGGGACCCUUAUACCCCUGUUCCACUUCCACCAAAGAUACUUUUGUCCUCGACGUCGACCCCGGAAAAACCUACCUCCUACGAAUCAUCAACGCAGCUCUCAAUGAUGAGCUCUUCUUCGCUGUGGCCAACCACAGCCUAACCGUGGUUGAGAUCGACGGCGCCUACACAAAGCCCUUUCCAACCACAGCCAUCAUGAUUGCUCCUGGACAAACCACCAACGUCCUCCUCACAACCGAUGCAUCAACUGAUGCCCAAUCGUUCAUCAUGGCCGCCCGCCCCUACCUCUCAUCCGUCUUCCCCUUCGACAACUCCACCACCGUCGGCUUCCUAAGGUACACAACUACCAAUUACACAAAACCACCUUAUCAUCAUCUCACCCUCCCACAAAACCUACCCGCAUUGGAAGACACCAUGUUUGCAACGCGCUUCACCAAUAGUCUCAAGAGCCUGGCAUCCCCAGAAUACCCUUGUCGUGUCCCCAAAACGAUCGACAAACGUGUCAUAACAACCAUAAGCCUAAACCUCCAGGAUUGCCCACCCAACCGCACAUGCAAGGGGUAUCGGAAUAAGAGAUUCUAUGCGUCCAUCAACAACCACUCCUUCGUUCGCCCUACAGUUUCGUUGCUCCAGUCCCACUACUACGGCCUCGGCUUGAAAAACUGGACGUGGGAUAUUUCAGACAACCCUCCCCACGGUUUUAACUACACAGGCGUGGACCCAGUGGCCGAGAACAUGAACACCAAUUUCGGGACGAGCGUGCUCCGUGUGGCGUUCGGGACGAGGCUCGAGAUCGUGCUGCAGGGGACAAACUUCCUAAACCCAGAGAACCACCCAAUUCACAUCCACGGACACAAUUUCUUUGUGGUGGGGAGCGGGUUCGGGAAUUUCGACCAGGACAAGAACCCGGCGAGUUACAACCUUGUAGACCCACCGGAGAGGAACACGGUGGCUGUGCCGAUGGGGGGAUGGGCCGCGAUAAGGCUGGUGGCGGACAACCCAGGGGUGUGGUUUGUGCAUUGUCACCUUGAGGAGCACACGUCGUGGGGUCUGGCUAUGGGCUUCAUCGUGGAAAACGGCAAAGCCCCGUCUCAGUGCGUGCUGCCGCCUCCCACCGAUCUGCCUCCUUGUUGA